AAUCUCAUUAAUUAGUUCGCAUUUUAGACGACGAAGGUAAAAAUUUAGCGACGCGUUUAACGUAUGUACUUUUGCCCCAAAACAGCGAGAGUUGUGCAAUUUAAACAGAAACCGGUAGCGGCUAAGCCCGAUCGUUGAGUGAAGUGUGCGAAAAGAGUGCUGAGCAAGUAAAAUGCGCAGCAGCGAUUCCAGGGGUCAGCUUCGAAACCCAAAAACAACACUUAACCUGCGAACUUUCACACUGUUCAACAACAUAGCCAACUAAUUUUUGUACAAGAACAAGAACAAGCAGCCGAACCAAGUAUUUUAUACAAUUCUGUAUAUUGGAACGGACAACUUCAUAUAUAUAUUAUAUAUUUAUUAUAAAACCAACACCCAAGAUAAUCGAAGGAUUGAGCAAUUCUGAAGUACCAAGUACCGUGUACCCCAAGGAACCCCGAAUCCGUAUCCGUAUCCCAGGCCCCCAGGAAGCGGAGUUACCCGAUUAUACAUACAUAUAUAGGCGACAAAUCGUAUAUUCCAAAACACUCCAUUAGCGUUUAGUUAGGACAGAUAUAUUUAUACAUAUACAUAUAGAUGUUUAACGAAAUUUUCAAUUAGGCGCCAGAUUAGGAACGAAUCAAAGCAAUAAACGACGAACCUCAGCGUUAAGCAUAAAGAUCUACCUACCUAGAUGCAGCAUAUAUAGUUUAUAUAAUCCAAAUACCAGCCAAGUCGAGAGUGAGUCGAAUAGUAGUAGAAAAUCGAAAGUAUUUAAAUUUCUAGCCGAGUUCUCUGUUAGCAGCUAGCCACCUUUUAGAUUGCCGCAAAGACACCUGUUUAAUAAGCAGAUACAUAAUUAGAUUUUGUACGUAGCUAGGAACAUCAUCUGCAAAUUUUUGAUAUUGACCCUUCCGAUUUAAAUUGAUGCGGCCAGUUGCAGUUGUUGCAAUUCCGGUCUGAGUGUAGAGCCUUGUAGAUUGCCACCGUAGCCUAGUGUAAAGCCCGACCGAAGCCACAGUCCCAGGACAUCCGCCAGCCAUGGACGAGUCACAGCCGAAGACCCUUUACGUGGGCAACCUCGACAGCUCAGUCUCCGAGGAUCUGCUCAUCGCCCUCUUCGGCACCAUGGGCCCCGUCAAGAGCUGCAAAAAUCGGGAGCCGGGCAACGAUCCGUACGCCUUCAUCGAAUAUUCCAACUACCAGGCAGCCACCACGGCCCUGACCGCCAUGAACAAACGACUCUUCCUCGAUAAGGAAAUCAAGGUGAACUGGGCCACCAGUCCCGGCAAUCAGCCCAAGACAGACAUCAGCUCGCACCACCACAUAUUCGUGGGCGACCUCAGUCCCGAGAUUGAGACGGAGACCCUGCGCGAGGCAUUCGCCCCCUUCGGCGAGAUCUCCAACUGCCGCAUCGUGCGCGACCCGCACACUAUGAAGUCAAAGGGUUACGCCUUUGUAUCGUUCGUAAAGAAGGCGGAGGCGGAAAACGCCAUUCAGGCGAUGAACGGCCAGUGGAUUGGCUCGCGGUCGAUACGCACUAAUUGGUCCACGCGCAAGCUGCCCCCACCACGCGAACCGUCCAAGGGCGGUGGUCAGGGAGGCGGCAUGGGCGGAGGACCAGGAGGCAAUGGGUCCGGCGUGAAGGGCAGUCAGCGCCACACCUUCGAGGAGGUGUACAAUCAGUCGAGCCCCACCAACACCACCGUAUACUGCGGCGGCUUCCCGCCGAACGUCAUCAGCGACGACCUGAUGCACAAGCACUUCGUCCAGUUUGGACCCAUCCAAGACGUACGGGUGUUUAAGGACAAGGGCUUCUCGUUCAUCAAGUUUGUCACCAAGGAGGCGGCCGCCCGCGCCAUUGAGCACACGCACAACAGCGAGGUUCACGGAAACCUGGUCAAGUGCUUCUGGGGCAAGGAGAACGGAGGCGACAACUCGGCCAACAACCUCAAUGCCGCAGCCGCUGCGGCAGCAGCCUCGGCCAAUGUAGCAGCCGUGGCAGCGGCAAAUGCGGCGGUUGCCGCUGGAGCGGGAAUGCAAGGCCAGAUGAUGACGCAGCAACAGAUAGCAGCCGCCACAGGAGCGGCGAUACCCGGCCAAAUGAUGACGCCCCAGCAGAUUGCAGCCGCCACAGCGCAGUAUCCGUACGCCUAUCAGCAGAUGGGCUACUGGUACCCCCAGCGGCCUAUCCGACUACCCAGAUGCAGACGCAGUACAUGCAACAGGGCUACUAUCCCUACGCCUACACUACCAGUGCUCAGCAAGCGGGAGGUGUCCCGGCUGGAUACCGCAUGGUGCCGCCGAAUGUGGCAUGGGGCGUGCCCGGAACUGUGGUGCCCGGCGUAACGGCCGCCGCAGCUUCAGCGGCCGCAGCAGCGAAUGGUUCACUUGCCCCCCAGAUGAUGUACAGUGCUGCGAUGCCACAAUACCAGACCCAAUGAGCUGAGAUGUGACGCCAGCUUCGACGCCGUUUGCAGCAUCCGGGAAGUCGCCCCCAGCCGCAGCCACAACCACCACUGCUGCACCAUCUGCCGCAUCUGCAGCAGUUGCAAUCGCAUUACGCACGUUUAGGUUACGUACAAUACCGGGUAGUAGCAAAGUCGGAACCGCUCCUGGCCCUGCCGGUGGGCAGCAGCAGUAGCAUCAGCAGCAGCAGCCACAUCAACGGUGGCGAUACAGCUGGAGAUUAGAAGGGCGCACGAGUGAGUGUCGUCUAGUUUGGAGUUGUGGCUACGGUUGCGGCUGACUGCGGUGGACGGAAGCGGAAUCGGUAUCGGAAUCGGAAUCGAGGGUAGUAAAGCCCCAAAAUCGAGGGUCGAGGCGGCGCGUGGAACUCAACUUCAAGUGAACCACGCCGGCGACAACUGAAACAACAUCAACUGAAAGCUCCGGGCGAUGGGCGGGUAGCUGUAACAAUCUAAUCCAAUCUAAGUACGUGUUAAAAUAAUUUAAUGAUUUGUAAUUUAAGCAGAUAAUAGGCGUAUAAACGAAACGGAAACAAAAUAAACCGAAUGAGAAGUUCAACAAAAACAAACAGAUCAGAGAAAAGGCAAAUUACGCGCGACAGAGCUAAAAAAAAAGCACACACAAUCGAAACAAAAAACGUGACAAAGCAAAUUGUAAUUGUAACUAUGUGGAACAUGUGUCAACGAAAACUGAAGACGGGAAGGGAUGCGUCAGUAGGAUGAAUGGAAAGCCACAAGCAAGCCGAAUGCAAAAA